AUGAAGUUCACACUCCUCCCUGCUGCCCUCCUCGCCGUGGCCACCGCCAUGCCAGCACCCGAGGGACUGGCGGAGCGCGGUGACUGCGGCAAGCUGCCCACUGGCACCGGCCCGAUUCCCACACCCGACACUCCCUCGGCCUUCCUCGCGCUGUCGAACUUCUCUACCAUCGCCAGGGGAGCCGGCACACCCCCGGGCUUCAAGCAGACCUACCUCGACCUCCGCGCCACGACCGAGACCAGCGGCUACCUCGGUUACACAGACCUAACGACUUAUAAUGCGACCACCUGCGCCACCAAGUGCAAGGGCAUCAAGAGCUGUGUGGGCUUCAACAUCUACUUUGAGCGCGACCCGACUCAGGUCAGUGGAAGAGUUGUUCCCUUGAACCCAGUCCCUAAACAACAAAACACAUGA